CUGUCAGUUACGGGGGCGGCCCGGCGGGCGGGCUGGCGCUCUCGGGAUACCUCGUCGCUCGCUCGCUCCAGCGCUCUGCCUCUCGCCGCCUGUGGGGAAGUCGGGGCCACCCGAGCAGCCGCCGCCACUGCCUCGCCCCGACCUCCCGGCCCACCCCUCCCGUCUGCGCACCCCCGAGUGGUGAGCGGCUCCGCGUAGGGUCCGGAGAGUCAGCGCGGCGGCGCCGGGUGGCGUUUAAACCAUGUUAAGGAGGAUUUUGCAGAGGACUCCUGGGAGAGUGGGCUCUCAAGGUUCUGAUUUAGAUUCAUCAGCACCUCCUAUAAACACAGUGGAUGUCAAUAAUGAAGGCUCUUCAGAGGGCUUCAUAUGUCCCCAGUGUAUGAAAUCUCUUGGAUCUGCUGACGAACUUUUCAAACACUAUGAAGCAGUUCACGAUGCCGGCAAUGACUCAGGUCUUGGAGGAGAGGCUAAUCUUGCUCUGAAGCGAGAUGAUCUAACACUACUCAGACAAGAGGUCCAGGACCUACAGGCUUCACUAAAGGAAGAAAAAUGGUACUCGGAAGAAUUAAAGAAAGAAUUAGAAAAAUAUCAAGGACUACAGCAGCAAGAGGGAAAACCUGACGGAUUGGUGACUGAUUCAUCAGCAGAACUGCAGUCUUUGGAACAACAAUUAGAAGAAGCCCAGACAGAAAAUUUUAAUAUUAAGCAAAUGAAAGACUUAUUUGAGCAGAAAGCUGCCCAACUUGCUACUGAAAUUGCAGAAAUAAAAUCAAAAUAUGAUGAAGAAAAGAGUCUUCGAGAAGCUGCUGAACAAAGAGUGACACAUCUGACGGAAGAAUUAAAGAAAGAGGCAACUGUAAUUCAAGAUCUGAAGACUGAACUGCUUCAGAGGCCUGGCAUAGAAGAUGUUGCGGUGCUGAAGAAAGAGCUAGUCCAAGUUCAAACACUGAUGGAUAACAUGACCUUGGAACGCGAGAGAGAAUCUGAAAAACUAAAAGAUGAGUGCAAAAAGUUACAAGCAGAAAAUGCUAACUCAGAGGCCACAAUAACCCAGCUAAAGAGUGAACUUGCCAAAGGUCCCCAGGAAGUUGCUGUGUAUGUACAGGAACUCCAGAAACUUAAAAGUUCCAUUAAUGAAUUAACUCAAAAAAAUGAGAACUUGAUGGAGAAGUUGCAGAAGAAAGAACUGGACUACACCCAGUUAGAGGAGAAACAUAAUGAAGAAUCUGUGAGUAAAAAGAAUAUGCAAGUCAUCCUUCAUCAAAAAGACCUGGAUUGUCAGCAGCUGCAGUCAAGAUUAUCAGCAUCUGAAACUUCACUCCAGAGAACACAGGCAGAGCUAAGUGAAAAAGGCGAAGCCUCACAAAAGCUCAAAGAAGAAUUAUCCGAAGUAGAGACCAACUACCAGCAUCUGAAGGCGGAGUUCAAACAGCUGCAACAGCAGAGAGAAGAAAAGGAGCAGCAUGGGUUACAACUCCAAGGUGAAAUCAAUCAAUUACAUAGCAAACUUCUGGAGACAGAGCGCCAACUAGGAGAAGCUCAUGGUCGGCUGAAGGAACAGAGACAGCUGUCAAGUGAAAAGUUGAUGGAUAAAGAGCAGCAAGUGGCCGAUUUGCAGCUCAAACUUUCUCGUUUAGAAGAACAGUUGAAGGAAAAAGUAACAAAUUCUACAGAAUUGCAGCAUCAGUUAGAAAAAACAAAGCAACAGCAUCAAGAACAACAGGCUCUUCAGCAAAGCACUACUGCAAAGCUUCGAGAAGCUCAGAAUGAUUUGGAACAAGUACUACGUCAAAUAGGUGAUAAAGACCAAAAGAUCCAGAACCUGGAAGCCUUAUUACAGAAGAGUAAAGAAAAUAUUUCACUACUGGAAAAAGAAAGAGAAGAUCUUUAUGCAAAAAUUCAGGCUGGUGAAGGGGAGACGGCUGUUCUUAAUCAGUUACAAGAAAAAAACCAUACGUUACAGGAACAAGUAACACAGCUAUCAGAGAAGCUGAAGAAUCAGUCAGAAAGCCAUAAACAAGCCCAGGAGAAUUUGCAUGAUCAGGUACAAGAGCAGAAGGCGCAUCUUAGAGCUGCACAAGACCGUGUCCUUUCCCUAGAAACCAGUAUCAAUGAAUUAAACAGUCAAUUAAAUGAAAGCAAGGAGAAGGUCUCCCAGCUUGACAUACAGAUUAAAGCCAAAACUGAAUUAUUGCUAUCAGCAGAAGCAGCGAAAACUGCUCAAAGAGCUGAUCUUCAGAAUCACUUGGACACUGCUCAAAAUGCAUUGCAAGAUAAACAGCAGGAGUUAAAUAAGAUUACUACUCAGUUGGAUCAGGUGACUACAAAGUUACAAGACAAGCAAGAACAUUGCAGUCAGCUAGAAAGUCAUCUUAAGGAAUAUAAAGAGAAACAUCUCUCUUUAGAACAGAAAACUGAGAAGCUAGAAGGCCAAAUUAAGAAACUAGAAGCUGAUGCUGUUGAAGUUAAAGCAGGCAAGGAGCAAGCACUGCAGGAUCUGCAGCAGCAGAGACAGCUGACCACAGAAGUAGAGCGUAGAGCCGCAGAGUUGAGUAACCAGCUUGAACUGGAAAAAGAAAUAGUAUCUAGUACAAAAUUGGACCUACAAAAAAAAUCAGAGGCCCUCGAAAAUAUCAAGCAAAUGCUUACAAAGCAAGAGCAAGAAAAUAUAAUUCUGAAAAAAGAAUUUGAAAGUUCAAGUGAAGAAGCAAAGACGCAACAAAAGGAGUUGAAUAACAGAAUUCAAACCACAGUAACAGAACUACAAAAAGUGAAGACGGAAAAAGAAGCUCUAAUGACAGAGCUUUCUACAGUGAAAGAGAAGUUAUCCAAAGUUUCAGAUUCUUUGAAAAACUCCAAAAGUGAAUUUGAAAAGGAGAAUCAGAAAGGCAAAGCUGCUAUGUUAGAUUUGGAAAAAACUUGCAAAGAAUUAAAGCAUCAACUUCAAGUGCAAAGAGAAAAUACACUAAAGGAACAGAAUGAACUGAAAAAAGCACUUGAAAAAGAGAAGGAGGCUUCUAAUCAGUUGAAAUUGGAACUCAAUUCAAAGCAAGAACAAAUCUCACAGGCCCAGAAUACUUUAAAACAGAAGGAAAAAGAAGAGCAACAACUUCAAGGCAACAUAAAUGAGCUCAAGCAAUUGACUGAACAGAGGAAAAAGCAAAUUGAAGCCCUCCAGGGAGAAGUCAAAACUGCUGUUUCACACAAGACAGAGCUUGAGAAUAAACUACAGCAGCAAUCAACACAGGCAGCCCAGGAACUUGCAGCAGAGAAAGAGAAAAUAUCGGUGUUACAAAAUAGCUAUGAAAAAAGUCAGGAAAACCUAAAACAGCUUCAAUCUGAUUUCUAUGGGAAAGAAUCUGAACUUCUAGCCACAAGACAAGAUCUUAAGUCUGUAGAAGAGAAGCUUUCUCUGGCGCAGGAAGACCUGAUUUCAAACAGAAAUCAAAUUGGAAACCAAAAUAAAUUGAUCCAAGAAUUAAAGACUGCGAAGGCAGCGUUGGAGCAGGAUUCAGCAAAGAAAGAGCAGCGAUUAAAGGAGCAGUGUAAAGCACUACAGGAUAUUCAAAAAGAAAAGUCACUGAAAGAAAAAGAACUAGUAAAUGAAAAAUCCAAAUUGGCAGAGACAGAGGAAAUUAAGUGUAGACAAGAAAAAGAAAUCACCAAACUAAUUGAAGAACUCAAGUCCCAUAAACAAGAAAGCAUAAAGGAGAUAUCGAAUCUUAAGGAUGCCAAACAGCUUUUGAUUCAGCAGAAAUUAGAACUUCAAGGAAAAGUAGAUUCCCUGAAGGCAGCUCUUGAACAGGAGAAGAGAAACCAGCAGAUCUUAAAAGAGCAGGUGAAAAAGGAAGAAGAUGAGCUGAAGAAAGAAUUUACUGAGAAAGAAGCCAAACUGCAUUCUGAAAUAAAGGAAAAAGAAGCAGGAAUGAAGAAGCAUGAAGAAAGUGAGGCUAAACUUACCAUGCAGGUUACAGCAUUAAAUGAAAAUUUAGGCACUGUGAAGAAGGAGUGGCAAUCGAGCCAGCGUAGAGUCAGUGAGCUCGAGAAACAGACAGACGACUUACGGGGUGAAAUUGCAGUCUUAGAAGCAACGGUUCAGAAUAAUCAGGAUGAAAGGAGAGCACUACUGGAAAGAUGCCUCAAGGGGGAAGGUGAAAUAGAAAAGCUUCAAACCAAAGUCCUAGAAUUGCAAAGAAAGCUGGACAAUACAACUGCAGCAGUCCAGGAACUGGGCAGAGAAAACCAGUCACUGCAGAUCAAACAUACCCAGGCGUUGAAUAGAAAGUGGGCUGAAGACAAUGAAGUCCAGAACUGCAUGGCCUGCGGGAAAGGCUUCUCCGUGACCGUGAGACGGCAUCACUGCCGCCAGUGUGGAAAUAUCUUUUGUGCUGAGUGUUCAGCCAAAAAUGCCUUAACUCCUUCUUCCAAGAAGCCUGUUCGUGUCUGCGAUGCCUGUUUCAAUGACUUGCAAGGAUGACGGGCUGUCACAACUCCAGAGUAAUGCGACACUAACACUAGAUUUGUAAUAAAUGUCCUUAAUAGAGGUCUUGGACUGCUAUUUGAUUUGGCACUGGUUGCGAUACUAGACCAAAUUAGAAUCCGUAUAUUUUGGAAUGUUAUCAAGUAAAACUCUUCUAUUUUUGUGAGACUUGGGCUCUUCUUUCCUUACUUUCUUCCAUUGGACCCCUUGAACAGCUUUCAUGCCAAGUUUAGAAUUAGCCAAUGAAAUGUAAAUAAACUUUGGACAGAAAAUAGCAAUGUAUUUUUUUAAAUAUAAUUUCAUUGUUCACAAAUGAAGACUACAAUUCUAUGGCUUACUUCUUCUAAAUUAAAUGUACACCGCGUACAUGGAUGAUGUUAGCACUUGUGGCUGUUUUUGUUGCACAGUAACAUAUUAACUAUAUAGUCUCUUUGUGAAGUCAUGCACAUAACACUUUCUGACUACUUUUUUCUCUUCAAUCUAAAUCCAUAACUCAAUUUCAUUGUUACAUUAUAAUUUUACUAUUUGGGUGUUCUAAAUACAGUUUAUCUUAAAAUGUAACAUGUAACCAUGGAUUCAAAAUUUGGUUUUUGUUUUAACACUAUUGAUUAAAUUCUCUUGGGAAGAUUUUAUGAAAACCUCUGUAAAAUCAUCUGCUUAAUUUAUGGUUAUCCUGGAGUUAUAUUUUAAAGGUCAUGGUUAAUUUUUCUUUGUGUGUUUGUCUGUCUCCUUUUUAAACUCUCACAUAUUGUCCAUUAAGAAUCUUACAAAGCUUCCCACCCUCACCUUAGUUGGAGGAUGAAUAGGAGAACUUGUAUAAUGUUCCCAUUCUUGGUUUUUUGGAAGUCAGAGGUCUUCUGAGAUGAGUCUUCACAGCAUACCCUUAUUUUUUUCUUACUAACAUGAGUUUGCUUUCUAAUGGAUCUGCCUUUUGCCUUUAUUUGCUUUGACCUUCACUGUUACACUGUGUUAUAAUUUUUCAUCACUCAGCUAGUAACUAAAAUUGCUAUAGUCUCACCUGUGAAAACAAAAUGCAGAAGGUAAGAAGACGUUAAAUAUUCUACUUUGUAUUUAUUUCUUAGCUAAUAGGGAAGAAUUUUAAAAAGUUGUAAAACUGACUGAAGUUUAAAAUGGGACGAAUUUUUAAAAGUUGUAAAACUGACUUAAAUUUAAAAUGGCUCUGAAUUUAGGGUUCCAUAUCAACUGGGAAAUCUUUUAACUUUGCAAAAAUAAUGCUGUAAGAUUACCUUUGAGUAACAGCUGGAGAAUAGAGUAUAUCUGAAGGCAAACAUAUUUGGGGUUCCCAAAGUUAUAAUAAAAACAGAAACAGAAUAGCUAAGCACCUUAAGGUUAAGGAUGAGCUUAUUUGUAUGCAAAACAAUGGAAUUGAACUUUAAUUUAGCAUACAUUAGUCUUAUUAACUUGGAAAAUUAGAAAACAUCUGAAAAGAAAAGUCACUAAUACUGGUUUAUCACUGUUUCUAGAGAAGAAAUGUAAAGUUAUACAUUUGUUCGUUUAAUAACAAUAGCAGAGAAAAAUGAGUUAAUAUUUCAUUUAUAAUCAAUAGCUUAUUAUAUACAUUUGCUUUCAAGUAUCAUGUUGAAAUGGAAUUAUUUUGUUUAUGCUAUACCUACAUCAUAUAUAAACUAAAGAGAAUGCCACAUAUUCAUUUGAUUAUUUUUUUAAAAAAAUUUAAGCAAACCCUGAUGUCAAGAGCUAUUAAGAGAACUGAUUAAGUCCCAGGACUGAGAUCAACAUAUAUCCUUGAGCUUAUAUAAUAAAGAAAUACAAUAUCUCUUUAUUAAAAAUAAUGUUGGAGAACAUAAACUGAGCUAUUUAUGCAUUUUUUAUAUACUUACAAAUCCAAAUGAUGUUAAUCCUCUACUUUUCCAUAUAAAUAACAAAUUGUGCUGGAAAUACAAAUAUAUUCACGGCACCACUGUUUUUAUUUUUGUUUUUGUUUUUUUAAGAUAAUGUCAUGAGAAUUCUGGAUUUGAAUAUUUGUUCCUUUCCUCUCCCAGUUGGAUGCCCUCCAGGCCUUCUCUGGGCCCCUCCUUCCUCUGACAACAAAUAUAGCCAUAUGUGUUGGAGUGAUUUUGUUUUUAUCUAACUCACUUCGUAAGUCCCAAAUAAUUUACCUACCAUAGUCUACUAUACUGAUAAUAUAAAUGCAACCUCACAUCUUUGCUAUUAACUUUUACCAAUUUAAUGUAUUUUGGGAAACAUGAUUAAAGUGUUUUUUGUUUCCUUUUAAUUAAAAAGUCCUCUUCUGAGUCUCUGUUGGAUGUACAUUUAAGUGUUUGCUGGUACUGUUAUAAUAUCUCGUCAGUGAGCUAGAGCUGGCAUGCACCGAGCCCCAACUCUUGACUUUAAUGCAAAGCAUAUUGGCAUCACAUGUUGGUGAAUUCCAAACCCCAGCACAGAAGCGUGAGUUAAAAUCAACUCUUGCUGUUUGGUGUACAAUACAUUGUGCCCAUAGAAUUUUUUUAAAUAGAAGAUAAAGCUGCUGGUAUAGGAUGUGUUCUUUUUAAAGAAAAAAAUAAAGAGGGAAACAAACACAAAAACCUCAAUGCAGUAUAAAAAUAACAUUUUGUUGAACUACCUCUUGAUGUGGGAUUAGCGAGUUGAAUAUUUUCCUCAUGGUAAUGUUAAAUAGUAACUGCCAAAUUUGUUAUUUUCCCAUCUCUCUUAAAAAGUCUGUAUCAUUAUUUUAUAUAAUUUUAAGAACUUUAAAGCCACUUUUUUUAAACGUUGCAUUUGCAUAAAAAUGUUUAGCUUUUAAGUGGACAGCAAACUCUGAUCAUAUAUUUUGAUAUUCAUGACCUAUUUGACUAUAGCUGUUUUCUUUUUAAAAUGCACUUUGGCUAUAAAACCAUGGGUGAUCUGAUCUGUAAGAUUUAAAUGUGCCAUCAAUUCAGUACUCCUAGACACGAACUUGAUGAAUGGCGUUCUGUAAUUAUAAUGUGCCACACGUUACUGUGUCUUAAUUGACCUUUGCCUGAAUUUUAAUGAUCACUUUGUCAUUGUUACAGAUGUGAAUAUUGUGCAUAAACUUACUAAAUUUAUGUAAAUUGUAUAAAAUAGAAUCAAAAGUUGCUAAGUUCUUUCGGUGUAGAAGUAAGGAAUUUAUUGUAACAUGAUGCAGUUAUGUACAUGACAUUGUCUCCUGCCUUGAGCUGAAUCUCAUAUCCAUGGCUCGUGUAGAUACUUUUGCAUGAAUAUUUUCUCAUUUAGUUUUUAGAUUUAUUAUUUGUAUUGUAUUUACCACUUGUGAUCAUGUAGUUGUGCCUUAUUUUGUGGGAGUUUAGCUCAGUAAAUACUGUAAUUUCUAAACUCAGUGAUGGGAAGGUUAUUAAUUACAAAUGUAACUGGUAAAUUACCUGACAGCAUUUAAAUCUGUAUAAAGAACAAUGGAAGGAUCCUUACUGAAUUGUUGCUUUUGGUUUUUUUUUUUUAAUAUGUUAAAGAUGAUAUUAAAAACAAUUUCUUAGUAAA